UUAUAACUUCGAGCGACACACUUCUAGUAGAAACUUCCAAUUUCUCUUUUUGGACGCCUGAAACAACAAAUAUUAUAGGCCGAAAGCAUAGAACGACCUUCUGGCUUUAUUGUUGGCGGGAAAUAAGAAGAAAAAGUUCGAGAGUACCGUUGAUUGAAAUCUCAUCGACGUGACGACGUAUUCCAGUUGACUGUAGCAACGAAAGAAUCUUGCCGCUAAAAUAAUUCUAAAUUGGAUAUUAUUGGAAUCCAUCAAGUCAUCAAGAUCCCAGCUGAUAUCUCUUGGAUUGUCUGUAAAUGGCUCGCUAUCAUAGCGUUAAAAAUUGGCGAACUGGGUUGAUUUGCUGUCUACUUUUGAUUCUUGCGAAACAAGCUCAAACCGUACCGAGCCACGGCAGUCAGAACUUUCUUGGUGUUAACUACUGGAACAAUCGUUAUUUCUUAGGCCAUACAGAUUGGGAAGGUUUCUGGAAUAAUAAUAAUGACGGAAGAAGAAUGUACAAUCGUGCCUACUCUGAGACGAGCGGAAGCAGUUGCGGAGGUUGUUCCUGCAGCAACCAAUUGCAAGAAGCCACUUGCACUGGUCCGACCGUAAACAUUAGGAACAGAGGAGUACAAAAAUUAAAUCCUGAAAACCUAGUUGUCAGCAUUACAGAAAUUACAAUUUUUGAGUCUGGCUUGAAGUAUGUAAAUGCCACAGCUUUCCACAAUCUGACAGGCCUAAAAAAGCUAAAUUUGGCACAGAAUGAACUAACUGACUUUCCAGACAUAUCCAAGAAUUCUCUCCUGGAAGAACUUGAUUUGUAUGCAAAUAAAAUUCAGUUGUUCAGCCACAACUUCACCAGCUUCCCAAAGGCCUUGAAAAGAAUUAUUUUGAUUGACAAUCUGAUAGACUGGAUUCCAAAUGAAUGGUUUGAUUUGCCUCAACUGGAAUACAUAGCAUUAAGCAAGAACAAGUUGAAAAAGUUUCCUUCAGAUUCCUUCAUAAACUGCCGCUCACUGCGUUACCUGUCAGUUGAUCAGAAUGAGAUUGGCCGCCUUUCAGUUCCAAACAUGCAACCCUUCUUUGGAAAUGACUCUGCACUUGUUCAUCUGAAUGCAAGCAACAACCACAUCUCUGCUAUAUCAACUGGGGCAUUCUCCAACUUGAUUCACCUUAAAGUUCUUGAGUUACAUGUGAAUCACCUGGAAACCAUUGCAACUAAGGUGUUCUAUGAAAUACCAGAGCUGCUGCAUCUGUAA